CUCCAAAAGCUCAGUCCGGAUCCCCCGAGGUAAAACAAAGCCUCCACUCUCGCACUCGUGUUAUAAUCCCACCUAACCAAAAACACAGAGAGAGAGAGAGCAAAUCGAAAAAACCUUAGCAGACCGCGAAAGCCAUUUUUCUCGUAGGCGUCGAAAACCAACCCCCCCCCCCCCCCGAUCUAAUCAUUAUUUAUCGAAGUGAUGGCCUGUGCAAGCUUUGUAAAGCUUAACGCAGCGUCGUCUUCAUGGACGGGCCAAAAGUCUUCUUUCGGUAAGCGAUCUCCGGGAUCCUCAACUCGCCGAGUCUCCUUCUCGAUCCGCGCCAGCUCUUACACUGACGAGCUCGUCCAAACUGCUAAACUCAUUGCAUCACCUGGUCGUGGUAUCCUUGCCAUAGAUGAAUCAAAUGCAACUUGUGGGAAGAGGUUGGCAUCUAUUGGCUUGGAUAACACUGAAACCAACCGACAAGCAUACAGACAACUUCUACUGACCACUCCUGGCCUUGGUGAAUACAUUUCCGGUGCCAUUCUCUUCGAGGAGACACUAUACCAGUCUACAACUGAUGGAAGGAAGUUCGUGGAUUGCCUGCGUGAUGAGAACAUUGUACCUGGCAUCAAAGUUGACAAGGGUUUAGUUCCCCUGCCAGGAUCAAACAAUGAGUCUUGGUGCCAAGGUUUGGAUGGAUUGGCCUCAAGGUCUGCUGAAUAUUACAAGCAAGGCGCACGUUUUGCUAAGUGGAGGACUGUUGUCAGCAUUCCAUGUGGCCCAUCUGCUCUGGCUGUCAAGGAAGCUGCAUGGGGACUUGCACGAUAUGCUGCCAUUUCUCAGGAUAAUGGUCUUGUGCCCAUAGUUGAGCCUGAGAUUCUGCUUGAUGGGGACCAUCCAAUUGACAGGACCCUUGAAGUUGCUGAGAAGGUCUGGGCAGAAGUCUUUUACUACUUGGCUGAAAACAAUGUUGUGUUUGAGGGCAUCCUACUUAAGCCUAGCAUGGUAACGCCAGGGGCGGAACACAAGGAGAAGGCUUCCCCAGAUACCAUAGCCAAAUAUACACUCACAAUGCUUAAAAGGAGAGUACCUCCUGCAGUUCCUGGCAUAAUGUUUUUGUCGGGAGGACAAUCUGAAGUGCAAGCAACACUCAAUCUCAAUGCAAUGAACCAAAGCCCCAACCCGUGGCAUGUUUCCUUCUCAUAUGCACGUGCACUGCAGAACACCGUGCUCAAGACAUGGCAGGGACGCCCUGAGAACGUGGAAGCUGCUCAGAAAUCACUUUUGGUGCGUGCCAAGGCUAACUCGCUGGCCCAGCUUGGUAGAUAUUCCGCUGAGGGUGAAAGCGAGGAAGCUAAGAAGGGAAUGUUCGUAAAGGGCUACACCUACUGAGCAGCAUUAACCAAACUAGCUUGUGGGUUCCAAUUAGCGUGUAAUCUGCGAUUUUCAUUGUUCCUUUUUGUGUGCUAGCAAUGCAAGCUGAGAAAUUGCAACAUUAGAGGAUAAGCUUCUUUGUUUCUUUCUCCUUUGUGGUUAACACACCGUGUGAAAGGAGAACUUCUACAAACUUUGAUCAAGGAGGUGGGUUCGGUGAGAGGAAGAAUACCCAUGGACCCUAGAGACUCUUCUUGUUCGUUUCCAUAAAUGCAGCCCAUCCCGUUUCCUCCCUGGGUGAGUUAUCAGUGUGUUUGUAUUUCAACGUUAAGAAUUAAAUGCUACCAAUUGCUUUUCUUUCUUA